UAAAUGGAAUAACGUUUGAUGUUAUAACUUGUGAAUAUAAUGGUUGAGUUAAUUAUCUCUAAUUAAUUAAGUUUUUAGGACAAUUAAUCAUCUAAUUUAACAUAAUAUCAAAGUUUUUGGGUUUAAGUCUCCGAAAACUUUUGCUCCAAGUACUAAAUAAUCAUCAAUCAUGGUAGGUAUUCUUCAUAAAGAAUCUGACGGUCAAUACCUAGAGAUCUUACAUCACAUCUUCUCGCUUGUCCGCACCUUAUCACCCCGUCCUCCCUCACUUUUUUUUUCUUUCUUAUAUGAAUACUCACUCUAAGCCCCUUCCUUUUCCUUCCUUCUUCCAAAAUCUCAACCAAUAUUGACUCUUUUUUUUUCUUAAUUCCAAAACGAGUCUUUCUUCCUUUAAAUCCAGCUCAGGUUUGUUUGAAAAACCCAGAUCUCUUUUCUUUUUUGUUUUGCUUUAGUUAGAUCUCAUUUUAUGUUUGUUCUGAACAGACCCGUUGGCGUUCAGAUCUUUGAUUUGUCAAAAAAUAAAAAAUAAAAUGAUAGAAAUGAACACCAACGGCAUGGGAAGGUUUGAAGAGAGAUUGUUUGAUUCAGUUGUUUGCCCUAAGCCUCGUCGGAUAGCCCUUUUCAAUUCUUCAGCUCAGGAUCAUAUCCGAAUCUUUAGCUGGUCUACCAACUGUUGUCAGACUGAGAUAGCAGAUUCACAAGCCCGUACAGAGCUUCUUGAUUUAAUCCUCAACAAGGGAGGCUAUGGGGGUGAGAAAUCCAACAACCAGGUGGCAUCAUCGCCACCAUUUUUCUGUGGAUCACCACCAAGCAGAGCUUCAAAUCCCGUCAUCGAAGAUGACAAAUUCAACAAGAAGAAGCAGCUACCUACAAUAUUAUCCCCAUCACCAUCCUCACGUACAGCAGCUAGUGGAUGCGUGAGGAUGAAAUUUGGGCAUAAGCCAGCUGCUGUCCGAAUUGAGGGUUUCGAUUGCCUCAACAGAGAUCGUCGCAAUUGCAGCAUCUCUGCUGUGGCUUAAAAUAAUCCAAAUCCUCAAUUUGGAAAAAUAAGCAAAAAAAAAAAAAAAAAAAAGUCGAUCCAUUUCUUUAAGAAAAUUUUGAUAUGGGAAAAGCCAAAGAGGAGAUGGAGAUGAGUUAAAUUACAAACAGUAGUGUGCUAGUGUUGAAUUUUGUAUACACCGGUUAACGACGGGUGUUCAUUGAUGAGUUGGAUUUCCCUGCACUCUCAGAAGAAUAUGUACAUUGUAGCCAAAGGUGAAGACCGAUGAGACCCAGCUCUGAGGAUUGGGUGUUAAUUUUGAAAAAUAAAAUAAAGGAAAGUUAGGGCUCUUUCUGUAUUUGGUUGAAAAGGAUAAUUGUUCGAGAGACUUUUUUGUAAUAUUUAUCUGUUUGAUUAUUCUGAUUGUAAUUGUAAUCUGGGAAAACGAGGAUUAAUCCAUCCUAUGAGAAGUUUCAUUUUCAUAAA